GGAUCCUGCUCUCGACGUCUUAUAUGCACACAUCGAUAGUUUUCCGACCUUUCUCCAGUGCUUGCCGUCUGAUCUAUGGACCGUAGACGCAACACCGGUGGAGUUUGGGGUAUACCGUCGCCUUGUCUUCAAACGAAGGUUGUUACCAAGAGACUGGAAGGUUCUGGAGACAUACGCUGCUCGCGUUAUCACCCUUAGGCUUACCUUCACUUCCAUGGGUCUCCCCGAAAAGCUUGAUCUUUCCUCUGAGGCAUGCGACGCGCUCUGCCGUUGCCCUGUCCCCAUAUUGUUCCGCAAACUACGGUCACUACAGCUCGCUUUAUGCGACAUAGCCCAGUCGCAACUGAUUGGCGCUAUCCUUCUUGGUCCUCAGCUUCGGUACCUCAAGGUUAGAGACAUGUCUCCACUCCAAGAUGUCCUCCUGCGUGGUGCUCCAAAGCUUGCCAUGGCAUGUCCCUUGAUAAAGACCAUUGAAUGCCCCGACUCCAACUUCCCGUAUAAGCGUACUCGCUCCGAACCACCUCUCGCAACAUCAGCGACGAUUUGCUCACUUAAGCACUUGGUUUCUGUUAACUGUGGAUUGGUCGACGAAUACAUGCUUACUCAUCUCCGUCGACUCCCUUCGCUGUGGAGCCUUACUUU